AUGUACAAAUUAAAAUUUAAUUUACGCCACUGUAAUGUUUUUAAUAUAGAUAAAAUGAGUCGGAAAUACUACAGUAUUUUAUCAACUAAUACUAUUCGAAAAACAUUUAUUGACUAUUUUGCUUCAGAAAACCAUUGUUAUAUUAAAUCUAGUCCUGUUAAACCUUUUAAUGACCCUUCUUUGGAGUUUGUAAAUGCUGGUAUGAACCAGUUCAAAAACGUUUUUCUUGGAUUAGAAGGAAUUCCUGUUGCCAAAGCUUGUAAUAGUCAGAAAUGUAUACGAGUUGGUGGAAAACACAAUGAUUUAGAUUCAGUUGGCAAAGAUACUUACCAUCAUACAUUUUUCGAAAUGCUCGGAAAUUGGUCUUUUAAUGAUUACUUUAAGAAAGAAGCUUGCAAGUUAGCAUGGAAUCUUAUCACAUCUAAACCAUAUUCCAUUGAUCCAAACAGAUUAUAUGUAACAUAUUUCAAAGGUGAUGACAGUUUGAAUUUAUUGCCUGACUUGGAGACAAAAGAAAUUUGGUUGGAAAUUGGAGUACCAAAGCAUCGCAUUUUACCAUUUGGAUUAAAAGAAAAUUUUUGGGAAAUGGGACUUCAUGGGCCUUGUGGACCUUGUACUGAAAUACAUUACGACCACCUUGGAAGCGCUUCGCGGCCACAUUUGGUUAAUAAAGAUUCUGCGGAUCUCACAGAACUCUGGAAUAAUGUUUUUGUUCAGUUCAACAGGCUAGAAGAUGGAACUUUGAUACCUUUAGAGAAACAUUUUGUUGAUACGGGAAUGGGUCUUGAACGCUUAGUAGCUUUACUUCAAGGAAAAUCAUCAAACUAUGAUACCGAUAGUUUUGUGCCAUAUUUUGAUGCUAUUGCUAAGAUUUCUGGAUUUUCAAAAUAUUCAGGAAAAUUUGGAUUUGAAGAUGAAAAAGGCCUUGACACAGCUUAUCGAAUUCUAGCUGAUCAUUCUCGCAUGGUGUCUGUUGCAAUAGCUGACAAUGUGUUCCCUGAUGAAAGUCAUGGAUUAAGAAGAGUUAUAAGAAAAGGUAUUCUUACUGCUGAGAAGUUUUCCCCUGGAAAUGGAGUAUCUCUAAUGGUUGAAUUAAGUAAAGUAGCUGGGGAAUCAUUUUCUCAUAUUUUUCCUGAAGUCACCAAUAACUUGAGGCAGAUUGAAUUCGUGCUGAGAGAUGAAAAUGAAUUGUGGCAAGAAAUAAAAGCAAAAGUGAAAAAUGAUUGGGAAAAUUUAAAAAAAGACAAUCCCUAUUUGGAGUCAUUGAGUGAUGUACAGAGCAAAGGUCUUAUUUCUUCAUUUAAUGAAUUGAAAGACAGGAAAUUACCUCCAAAGAGUGUUUUACCAGCAGAUUUAUGCUUAAUAUUUUAUGACAGAUAUGGUCUUAAUCCUCAAGUUAUCGAAGAGUUAGCUAGAGUUUGUGAUUAUUUUGUAAAUAUUCCUCAGCUUCAGAAGGACAUUUUAAUUUUGAAGGAGAAAAAUAAAGCUUUAAUUCAUACGAGCCAAAAGUUAGACAUACCAAAGAACACUUUAGAAUAUAUCAGCAACCAUUUUCUGCCGACCGAUGAUUCCUUUAAGGCAAAUUAUACCAAAAAUUCAGAUAGAUAUAUUUUUGAAAAUAUCCGAAGCAGAGUGCAAGCUAUAAUCAAGAGUGGCCAGUGUAUUAGUAAUAUUUCAUCAUUGUUUGGUUCGGAACACACAGUCGGUGUUCUGUUGGAGAAGACAAACAUGUGGAGUUCUUUAAAAGGGGGUGGGGACCAUGGUACAAUAACUUUAUUUGAUAGUAAUAACAAUGAAAUAGGAAAAAUUAUUGUUGAGAAAGUAUUUAAUCUUGGAGGUUAUAUAUACCAUACUGGAAAAGUUCGGAUAUCUGGAAAUGAUGAAAACAUUCCUACAGAAGGUUUAAUGGCCGAAAUUUCAAUUGACUACGAUAACAGAAUGUGUCUUAUGAAAAAUACCUCGGCUGCCCAUUUACUAUCGUUUGCUCUGCGCUCAAAGAUUUUCUGUAAUACUCUCUCCUACAGGACAUCAAGCAAGGAGUUUUCUGGCAGCUUUUUAAUAUUUGGUCAUCAUUUACAAUAUGAAGACAUUAAGUCCCUUGAAGAAAAAGUGAAUGAUUUGAUAAGUGCAGGAUUGAAUAUAGGAUUAACAAGGAGAUCUACCAAUGAUUUAGUAGGAACUGGAGAUUUAUACCUACCUCCUUACGUUACUCCAGAUAUGAAAUCCAUCUAUGUAUUUAACAUUGAUGAUGAAAAGAGAUUUAGGGAAGUUACAAUUGGACCAAAUGUUUUAAACACAAAAGACAUAGAGCCAGUUUGCUUGGUAAAUUUUGAAACCAGAAACAGAGGAAGGAAUGUGACAAUAUCAGGUGUUUCUGACCAAAACGGUGAAGUUUUAAAGAAUGCCAAGACUGCAAUUAUAUCUAUCCUAAAGGAGGAAUGGGAUGACAAAGCAAAGAUUAGUAAGCUUAAUUCAUUCAUGAUGGAAAACCCUGUUCCGUUAGAAUUAAAACCAGAAUUUAUGUCUAAACUGCAAGAACUCAAAUUGAAAAUUAAGCAAAAACAAAGAAAUAAAAAAAUACAUUUCAUUCAAAAAUAUGCACUAGAAGCCAAAGAAAAAAGUGAAAACUGUGUUGUACUCUUUGCCGGAAAAGAACCAAAUUUAAUGAGACUGAUACAAAAGUAUAUAGACUUUCCCAUAAUGCUAUUUGCUUGUAAUGGAAAUUAUUUUUCUGCAAUAUGUCGUGUACCAGAGGGAUCUAGAUUGAGUGCUGCUGCUUGGAUGAAUAAUGUGGCGAAUAAACUGGGAGGUCAAUGCACUAUUUCAAAGGAUUCGUCUGAUAUUUUCUUAAUGAGGCCCAUGAAAAUCGAUAAAGACAAACUUAAAGAAAUAAUAAAAAUGGCAGAAUUAACUGCCAAGAAAGAAGCUGACUUAUUGUAA